GCAGGGCAAGCCUUUUAUUUCACACGCGGGGGUUUCUACUUGCUCAUUCACCAGGGGAGAGUGGCCACAGCAGCAGCAGCAGGAGCACCAUCACCAGUGGUAGCAGCAGUGCAAGAGAAGGAGACGAGGGGGGAGGUGCAGACAGCACAAACCAGAGCCGAAGAAGAAUAGCAUCCCUAUCCGAGUCCUGCUGUUUGUCUUUUUUUUUCUCUCCUCCUCCUCCUCCUACUCCUCCUCCAUCCAUCCAUCCCUGUGUUCCUCUUUGUUUUCCUCUCUCUGUUGUGCCUCCUCUCUGCUGAUUCAGUGGUGCUAUUGGAGACGGCAGGCAGAGCUUAGAGAAUUCUCUUCUCCUUCCUCUUCCCUUCUCCUCCUCCUACUGCUUUCCUUUCUUUCUUUCUUUCUUUCUUUUUUUGAAAUCCUUUCCUGGAUCCGUGCCUGGCUUGGUUUGGGUGAGCGAGGGACCUUUUCCUGGAGUCAGUGGUAGCAGUGGCGUUGUUGUUGUUGUAGUAAUAUCAGCUGAGUCAUCAUCAUGUCCGACCUGACGCCUCAAACCGAUGCCCCAACCCCCACCACGGACAAGAUCACGCAGGCUGCCAGGGAGACCAUUUAUCUCUGCAACUUCCGUGUGUCCGUGGACGGGGAAUGGCUGUGCCUGCGCGAGCUCAACGACAUCUCCCUCACGCCCGACCCCGAGCCGGCCCACGAAGAUUCAUGGGAGGAUUUCACAGAGUUGGUGGAACAAAUGCACUUGCUUGAUGAGUUUAAAGAUCCCAAGGACCCCAUCGCCAUCGAGAGGCUCAACCUGAUGAACAUGGCCAAGCUGAGCAUCAAGGGCCUGAUCGAGUCGGCGCUAAACCUGGGCCGAACGCUGGACUCCGACUACGCCCCGCUCCAGCAGUUCUUUGUGGUGAUGGAGCACUGCCUCAAACAUGGACUGAAAAGUAAGAAGACCUUUCUGGGACAGAACAAGUCAUUUUGGGGUCCCCUGGAGCUGGUGGAGAAGCUGACACCCGAAGCUGGAGAAAUCACAGCCAGCGUGAAAGAUCUGCCUGGACUCAAAACCCCACUUGGCAGAGGUCGGGCUUGGCUUCGGCUGGCGCUGAUGCAGAAAAAGCUGUCCGACUACAUGAAGACCAUCAUCAACAGGAAGGAUCUGCUGAGUGAGUUCUAUGAGGCCAAUGCUCUGAUGAUGGAGGAGGAGGGAGCAGUGAUCGCAGGGCUGCUGGUGGGCCUGAACGUCAUUGACGCCAACCUUUGCAUGAAGGGAGAAGAUUUGGACUCCCAGGUGGGGGUAAUCGAUUUCUCAAUGUAUCUGAAGGAUGGGGGGCACAGCAGCAAGAGCACAGAAGGGGAUGGACAGAUAACUGCCAUUCUAGACCAGAAGAAUUACGUGGAGGAGCUGAACAGACAUCUAAGCGCAUCAGUCAACAACCUCCAGGCCAAAGUGGACGCGCUGGAGAAGUCCAACUCCAAACUGACAGAAGAGUUGGCGGUGACAAAUAACCGUGUCAUCACCUUACAAGACGAAGUGGAACGGGUGAAGCUAGAGGGUUCCUAUCCUGCAGACAAGGUGCCCAGAGCGGAUGGUAGUGCGGACGGCCAGGUGCUGGGAGAGGCUCGCAAGCAGCUCAAGGAGGAAACCCAGCUACGAUUGGAUGUGGAGCGGGAGCUGGAGGUGCAGAUCGGCAUGAAGCAGGAGAUGGAGCUGUCCAUGAAGAUGCUGGAGAAGGACAUCUGUGAGAAGCACGAUGCCCUGGUGGAGCUUCGCCAGCAGCUGGACGACAUGCGGACGCUCAACCACGAGCUGCAGCACAAGUCGCAGGGGUCAGAGGCCAGCUCCAAACAGAAGAACGAGCUCAUCAGUCGCCUGGAGGACAAGACGAACCAGAUGGCCAGCACCAUCAAACAGCUGGAGAACAGAUCCAAACAGGCGGAGCGGCAGAGGGACCUGGCAGAGGAGGCCAACCGGCUCUUCAAGCAGGAGUUCGGGGACAAGAUCGAGAGCCUUCAGCAGGAGCUGGAACAGUUGAGGAAGCAGAAAUCCGGCAUGGAGGGAGAGUUUAGGAAGCAAAGGGAGCCUCGCGGAGUGCAGCACCAUGACUCUGGCUUGGGGGAGAAGACGAGCUCCCCAUCCUCCCACGGAGACAGCAGGCAGCAGGUGGAGGACAUCAGAAAGGAGCUGGAGUCGGUCAGGAAAGAGAACGACACUCUACGAAAUGUGCUGGAUGAGAAAGCUAGUCUCAGUUCCAGCUUGUCCCUAUCACAAAAUGAGGAAGAUGAUGAGCAGGAUCAGGCCUUGUUCGAGGACCUUGAACCCUUCAUCUGCACUAGUUGUGAAAAAGAAGACUCCUUGACCAGGACCAAGAAGCAGUGUAAGAACUGCAGAGGGCUCUUCUGCGAGAGCUGCCUGGCCAACGAGUUACCCCUGCCCUCCUCCAUCAACCCUGAGCAGGUGUGCGACUCCUGCUACUCCCAGCUCUUGCAACAGUACGCAUCGAGCCCCUCCUGAGGCACGCACACACACACACACACACACACACACACAUACUGGUGCAUAUCUCAAAAUUCAUCAUUCUGAAUAUCAUAGAGCGAUGGACUUUUGACGCUUCAAAUGGGACUUUUGAAAUGAGGCAUUUUUUUUUCUCAUCAAUCUUUAAACCAAAAAGGAUAUAAAUUAUCAUUACAAGAACUUUGGUCUAAUGUGUAAUGUUUUACAGUCGCAUUUGCUUCUUGAAAGGGAUGCUUAGGGAUACCUUUGUUGUUUUUAAGUGCUCUGUGUGUGAGAAGCCUUUGGGAAGUAGUACUCUGCUGCACACAUUCAUAUCUGCAUUGCAUCUUAAUCGUAUCAUGUCGCAAGUGAUUGAGUGAUGUUGUCCACCAAGUGGAUUUAUACAGUUCUUGUAUUACUUGAAUUGUGUAUGAAACAGUUACUUUGAACUCCCUUAUCCCAUGCCUGCUCUGUUAUGCUCUUAAUAGUUAGGCAAUAUAUUUCAUGGUUAGCUUGACUAACAUAAUGGCAAUUAUUGUAAGCAGAGAAUGGCUGAGUUGAUUUAGAAAUCCUUUAACUUUUUUCCUGAAAAGAGGAGCAAUUACACAAAAGGUUCACUGUCGUAAACAGCGAUGGCAUAAACCUGUUACAGAAUCACUACAUCUCAAACUGUACAGGGCUUAUUUGAUUAUGGAAUACUGACAUCAUGCAGGAACAUUGCUUCUUUCGCAUUCAAAAUGGACUUUUAUGACUUUGUUGAUCUAAAGCUGAUUGACAAGUUGUAUUUUACUUGAUGUUUUAAUAAAACUUUUAAAAUCUUGAA